AUGGUGCCCUUGUCCCAGGGUCAGCGGCGGCACCAGCUGGUACAGGAAGCUCCUUACAGCUGUCCUUUCCAUGGGUCUCCUGUUUCUGGGAGUGGCUAUGAAUCAGCAUCUAAGGACUUUGUCUCUGAUGACCUGGAAGUCCAAGUUCCUAGAAUAGUCUUCUUGGUCACUGGAGGGAACAUUGGAAAAGCAACUGCCCUUGAAAUAGCCAGGUGAGGUGGCACAGUUCACCUGGUUUGUCAUGAUCCAGAGGAAGGUGCCAAAGGUGAUAUCAUCCAUGGGGGGGUGGGGAGAGCAAACAUCUUUCUACACUUUGUAGACUUGUCCGAUCUCGAGAAAAUCUGGAUAUUUGUUGAAAAUUUCAAGCAGGAACAUAAACUCAGUGUUCUGUUUGUGUGGUCAGUAAAAGAGCUCACAGAAGAUGGACUUGCAAAAAAAAAAAAAAAAAACUUUGCUACCAAUACUCUGGGUGUGUGCGUUCUCACGACUGGCCUGAUCCCUGCGCUGGAGAAGGAACACAACCCCAGAGCACUGUGUUCAUCUAUAACAGUCUGCUCAGGAGGAAUGUCGAUUCAGAAAUUGAAUACCGAUGAUCUGCAGUCAGAAAGAGGAGCAUUUAAUGGAACUAUGGUCUAUGCAUAAAACAAGCCAGCAGGUGGUCCUGGGGGAGCAGGGGCCCAAGCGCACCUGGCCAUCCAUUUCUCUUCCAUGCGUCCUGGCUGGGCCGACGCCCCGGGUGUGUCGUAUGAGCCGUCCCUGCAGGGCUCCGGGCCAGGCUGGGGGGCCCUGUCCUCUGCAGCAGCCGUGCAGCCCAGCGGCCUCGUCUUCCAAGUUCAGAAUCCAGUUUCUACAUAUUGGCCUCUUGCUAGAACAUACUCCUCGCUGGCUGAAGAGGAGAAACUCAUGGAGAUCCUGAAACAGCUGGCUCAGAGAUUUAACUAG